UUAGCAGGCUGUUUUUAAAUUUUUGGAAUUUGUGUCAAGUCUGUGGAGCAACAAAACUUAAAUAAUGAAAUUCGGAAUCGUAUUUGGUUUCUGUGUCUGCGUGGUCAGCGCAAGUAUUGUGAAAAGACAAGCAGAAAUCGAAGGUUCUGCAGUCGCUCCAAUUCUUAGCUGUUACACUGGAAAAAAUACCAACUAUACAGAAUCCCAAUGUCCAGAUAAUGAGCAAAUGUGCAUGACCACGUUACAACUCAACAACGGAGUAACUGAAAUAACGAAGCAAUGUAAACAACCUGAAGCAUGUACCCGCCAUGAGAGCGAAAACAGUUUACAAUGUAAUGGAUUCGAGGCCCUUACCAACGAGGUGUCUACAUGCCACUUCUGUUGCAUAGGUGACCUAUGCAACACUUUGAAUACCAUUACUGAACUGAAGGCGGCUUACGAUAUCUUAUCACAAAUCAACGUAACAGAAGCCACUCAAACUUAAAUACGAUCUAGUAUGUGUCUUAUUCAGAAUCAAGAACGGUAUAUUGGUUUUCAAUUGUUACCUAAGAUGACCUUUUAAUUUAAAUUAUAAAGCAUCUUUAAUUUUUUUUUCGUAAUUAGUAAAUUUUAUAGUUUAUAUGAACGUGUAUGUUUUGCGUUAAAAAUGUAUUUGAAAAAUAAUUGCGUUUUACUGCAAAAAAUAGAAAUCGUAUAAUAGACUACGAUUGAUUUUGACUUUUACUUUUAAAGCUAUAUUACUGUAAUUAUGUUUUUGUGGACACCCAUAUUUCAUAUACAGUGUUUUAAUUACUGUUUGCACUUAUUAUCUGCAUUUAAACCGGUGGUUCUUAACCUAAGUCUUUCAGGCCUUUUAAGAGAAGACACAUUUCAGCUAAAUGAAAAUGUUAAACAACUACUGUUAUGGUAAAUAGGCACUGCCCAGUUUAAGCCGAUAUAAAUUUAGGUUAAGAACCACUGGUAUACAAUUUAUAUAUAGUAGAGUGGGGGAAGAUAGGAAACCUUUUUAUUCUAUUUUCUCGUCCGAUUUUGUAGCAAACAAAGAACAUUCAGAAAAUUACAAAAACGUAUUCUCACAACACCAAUAGACCGUUGUUAUUAUUUUAAAACACGCUCAGUAUAUUUGGAUAUCAUGUGCUAAAAGUGUCUCAUCUUCCCCCACAGUACUACAUAGUUUUAUACAAACAAUAACUUUCCUUCACAUUUCUAACCGUUUUUACUUUUAAAAGAACACAUGGCGUAUCAGUGUUUGAAACCCGCCUAAAAAUAAACGUUGCAAAACGAAA